UCGAAUGGCGUCCACUGUGCAGUUGGGUUUUGGUCCUCGCAAUCUUCACGAAAGUUUAUUAAGGUUUAAAGUUUUAUUCCGAAGCUUCUGUGACGAACGCCGUGAAAAAGAACAAGUGAAACUUCCCGAAAAUCGUCAACUGGUUCGUGUGGUGCUGUGAGACACAACAUCUUUUGGUGAAAGUGUGUCCGACUCCGGCGCUUGUGGCAGACAUUGGUGGAACCGGCAAAAGAAGGCAUAUGUUUUAAAUUCAUUUGUCUUGUAAAAAGAGACAAUUUGCGCCUCUAAUUUAUUCUCGGUUCUGAGAAUGAUCUUUCAGAACCGAGACAGAAACCGAGAAACUUUUCUGCAUAUUUCCACAAUCACUGUUCAAAAAGUAGAAGAAUAACGUAUUGCUGUUAGCUCUGGAGGCCUUUCUACUGAUUUCGGCGAAUAGGUUCUGGUUCCGGAAUACCGAAUCAGGUUGACCAACAACGCGACACAAUCCCAGCAUGAUUAACCUUUCCUCGACAAUAUCUUCACAUAAUUAUGCUUGUCGAACCGGCGUCUGCAUGAACACUGUUUCCGGCAACAAUGCAAUUUCUACCGAUUGCGUUUCACGACAUCAUACAUCUGAAUCUUCUACCGUAACCACCGACAUAAUGACCAGAGGUGGCCUCGGACAGCUCGAUCAAGGAUUUGUGAACAGCAAUGGCUACCGAAACCAUCGUUUUGAAUAUGAAAUACCUACCGUUGGCCAGCACUAUGGGAACGCUUUUCUCGUGGCAGAUAAUGACGAAGAGUUAUCGGGAAGAAUUGUUGGCCAACGAUUUCAAUCUGCCAGUGCGCUAAUGAUGGAAGAAGAUUCUAUUAUCGAAUCAGGUAUCCUAAGCAUGGAGGAAAUUGUCGAAGAUCAAGAUCAUGACAUUGAAGAGGAUGAUGAAGAGAAUGUACAAAUGUCUUCUGCAGUAGAAGUUAUAGCAAUCGAUCCAAAUUGCGAUUACAAUACGGAGGACGACGAUGAUGACGAUGAUUAUGACUAUAGUGAAAACGAAGUAAUGGAGGGAUCAGUAGUUCUUUCCGAUGACGAGGGAGAGAAGGAAGAACAAGAAGAUGAAAGUGAUGAUGCCUUGAUACCCGUCCCUACGUCCAUAGUAUCUAAUGAGAAGCAUUGCGAAAGAGGUGCGGUAGUUCAAGGCAUUCGAUCUGUCAUAGAUCCAUCGCAUUACUGUGGUUAUGCUAGAGAUGAAAGUAGUAAUUCUAGCACCUUUGUUGCACUCACUAGCAGUUCCAGUAGCGAUAACAGCAGUAAUAUUAGCAAAGCUAGUUGCACAUACGGCACCAGCAGUUACUAUCAGUUGGAAGCCAACCGACACAAACCCCACCAUUCCGAUGGCCCUAGCAUGGUUAAUUGUUCAAAUUAUUUAACAAUGUCAAGCGGGCCACCGCAGCAAUUGCUUGCAACUUCGCCGAAUGUCGAACGACCUCAACGAACACGUAAACGCUCUUCUAGUCAACGAUACUCGUUUUCUAUGCCACAUUCUCCAGUUUGUGCAGGCAUGAUCGAUGGCAUCAUUAGCUGCCUACCACCUCAAACGAGCUUUAGUUUCGAAGAUCUCGUUUCGCUAGUUGAUCAACAGUGUCCGCUGAAAGAGCUUACUGGGAAAACGAGCAGCCAGUCACUGCUGGAAGAUUCACUUGUGGACGAAAUAGAUGAUGCAAAGAACUUUAGCUUAACAGCGUACAUUUCUGGAGAUGGAGAAUCAACUGCAUCGUGUGACAUGAUUAAUUCCUUCAGUGGAACUGAACGGUUGAAGACAGAACAUGACAAAGAUGCUAACAUAAGUAGAAAUGAGUUUUCUACUGACGUUCGUCGUCAUCCAAAAUCAAAGGGUAAAGAAUUGAAAACUUUGCAUCAACUACUUCUAUUAGACAACCAGAAAAAAAACAACGAGAAGCUUGAAGAUUCUCAAAGUGAUUCCAUGCCAGGCAAACGAAGGUGUACAGCAAAAGCAAGAAGGCUUUUAACAUUAGACUAUGAUAGUGAUUUAGAAGAAAAUGGUAUGCAAUGUUCAAAAAACGGAAAACUGUAUGCUUUAGAAAAUAAUGGCACAAGUGUUCGGAAAGGUAGAAGGAAUGUGGAGUGCAGCACUGAAAAAGAUCCCACAUGGAAUCCGAACGGUGGUGGCAUUCAAAAAGUUCCUCCUAAGCCGAAACACGAUACAAAAUUGUACACGAAGAACGUGCCACCUGGUUUGGCCAAUUCGUCAUCAGCAAUGGUGGAAGUGCAGAAGAAAAGUAUCCACAAUAAUGAAUGCAUCAAAAAUGACGGUGAAAAACCCGUAUCGAGAUUUCCGAAUUCGAAAUUCGUCAAGGGUACGUUCUUAAAAUUUGGUCAAACAAUAAAGAAAGAGCUCCUAAAUGAUGAUCCUGUGCUACAGAUAAAGGCAAAAACGAAACAGCAUCCUUUGAAGCAACUGCCAGAAUCUAAUGUAACCAAUGAUACCCAUAAACAUGACCAUACAUCACGAGCGAAUGCUCGUUUCAAAAAGACAAAUAUUACACUCGAUCACGAUUACUGCUCACCGAAAAACGGCCUUUCAGUUGCUGCUAGCAAUGCAUCAAAUGUAACAAAUGGGAUAGGCAACAACAAGGUUCAGCGUAAGGCAAUCGAAAUACCGUUUCUUUUGCCGACCAAAGAACAACAACGCCAUGAGAGAAAAUUCCUACAAGAGAAGAAACGUAACGAACGCAACGCUAACAACGCAACGGAUUCCACUGAUAGUGUUAAAGAUAAGAAGAAUAAAAUAGCCAGCGUGAAUAGAGGCAGUAGUACAUCAGUAGCUACCCCGAAGGUAACACCACAACCAUCUAACAAACCUAUAUCAGCUAUUACAAAUGUCAAUGUUUCUAACAUUAAAUUGGUCGGUGAUGUUAAACGACCUCAGCAGUCGCUGCUCAAGACAAACCAUAAUUUCACUAAAUGCGACUCUAGUCUCAGCAGGAUCGCGGGAAACACUGGAAGGCAAAGCCCACAACAAAACACGCAGAUGUUUUCUGGGGCAUUAGCAGUUAUCUCUCAUGAAAAUAAUCAAAAACUCGUAGCGACGACGCUCGAAACAUUGAAUGAUUCUAAACCACAUAACACGACAAAGGCGGUCAUACGUAAAAAGUUAAAUCUUCAAGAGUACAAAAAGCGUCGCGAAUAUCCUAUUGCAACAGUGACAAUUCAAAGUAAUGACCGUGACGAUACAUUGAAAGGUUCAUGCGGAUACUCUAGUAACAGGAUAGCACUGUUCCCAACAGAUGAGAAUGAAACGGCGACCACGGUUGAAGCGCGAAACGAAGUCAAACUAGUUUCUGACACAGUAGUGGCAGAACAGAAGAUUUUUGCAACUACAGUGCAAGAGGCAGCUGUUAAGAUCACGAAGCGAUUGGAUCCAAUUUCUGCAGCAAAGCUGAAAGCGCUUCGUAUGCAACAGCUUAAGAAGCAGGCUGCUAUCAAAUCGGACGAAGCAAAACUUAGCCAAAAAAUGCCACUUUUACCAAUUGUACCACUGGCAGAGAUAACUUCAUUGCAGUUCGAUGAGUUCGGUAAUCCGCGGCCAGUUGGUGGAGCAAAUGAUAGGAAGGCGAACCAGGUGAAUGAAGAUCGUGAAACAUUAACGCUACAUGAGGCUUAUGAAGAGAUAAUCAUUGUAUCAAUUGGUUGUAAUACUUUAUUGUCGAUCGCACCGGAAGAGCUAGACUCCGUAGAAGAUUCACGGCAAUCGCCGACGAAAAGCAGUGGCAAAGAUAGUCCCGUUCAAGAUUCAUCACUUUUGUGUAACAUAACAGACACCAUCAAGCGCUGUUGUCCGUCGGUUACCGAUGUUCCUGGCAGCUCGCUAAUAGCGAGUAUCCAGGAAGUGGUUAACAAAAAAACAAAUUCCAGUGGAGCUAAUGUCCCAACUUUAGGGCGUCCUCAGCGUAACAAGAAGAUUCAAUGUACAUCGACAUCAGCGGCGGAAAAUGCUGUUACCUUGAAGAUAGGUACUUUCGAUGGAAGUGUUGAUAAAUUUUAUGAAGGUCAACAAGAGCAGUUCCACGAUUCUCCGAGUCUAGGUGUUUCGCCGCCUAGUUCCUUUUCUCCGGGUAAACCGGAAAAAGCACACACUUCUACUUCGGAGACAGCAUACUACAAAAAAUCUUGUCAACCUCUCAAGCAAAGUUCGAUGGAGGUCAAAUGUCAAUCCUCCAAAGUCGAUGAAACAGUGGAACAUGGUGAAGACAAGGUUAUUAUGCAUUUGCGCAAAGAUCGCCAACGCUCUCAACAAAUAGACGCAGUGACGCAAACUGAACCUUCGAAACGAUUUCCUCCAUUACGUCAACUUUUGCCUGUAAUAGGUAGAUCAAACGAACUGUAUAAAAACGGGCAGCGCAAUUUUCUAGUUGAUAUCGCAAACAGUAUCAUAUCUAAUGAGCAUGGGACAAUCCAAUAUCCGAGGCAGUUCAAUGUAGAGAGUUCUUUACGCAACUCUCGAACAGAUCGAAACGAUGAUAAAAAGUCAUCAUCGUGUGAAGAAUUAGAAAACACCAGUGCGACUAGUGCUUGUCGUAAAAGCUGGUCACAUUCAAAACAUCGCAUGAAAUACUCGAAGGAUCGUAGUCGCAGUCGCAGUCGCAGUCGAUACAGUUCAACGACCCGUCGAUCCUCGUGUUCACGUUCGCGAAGGAGCCAAUCGUAUCGUGAUAAUCGCCGUUGUAGCAGUAGUCUCAAGCACAGUGGUCGAUAUUCACGCAGUCGCCGGAGAUCGCGCACAUCUUCGAGAUCGUCACAUUCGUCGUUCUACGGAGGUGGUGCAUCUCACAACGGUCGUCGUUCGAUGUCUUCUUCUACAUCAAGUUCUUCUAUGUCAUCUUCCUCGUCACGAAUCACGCCACGUUCAAUCCGUUCGUCGUUUAGCCGAUCACGCUCGCGUUCGCGAUCUCGUUCACGAUCUCGUUCACGAUCGUAUCACUCACGCGAACGUGGAAGUAACCGACGAAUGACAUCACCUGAACGAAAAAUUGUUUACGUCGGAAGAUUGGAAAAGAACAUCAUAAAGGAAGAGUUGCACAAAAAAUUUAAGCCGUAUGGUAAAGUAAUUAGAAUAACUUUACACACCAAGGAUAAUGGGUCUCGUUAUGGUUUCGUCACAUUUGAAAAACCUCAACAAGCGUAUAGCGUGAUCGAUGCAAGUGGAACAGAUGUUAACCUGCGGAAUUAUGAUAUUAGCUUCGGUGGAAGACGUGCAUUUUGUCGCACGCAGUACGCUGACUUAGAUGGCGAAUUAUCGGUCGAUCAGCAUCAUCAGAUGCCGUAUGUGAUGCUGGACGGCUCGGUAGUACCGCCCAGGUCAGUCGUCGCAUAUAAUUCAUCUCGGUGCCACAAGGAAUCGAUUGGGUACAGUGGUCGAGCCACUGAUGGUAACGAUAGUUUCGAGAAUCUGUUAAUGCAGUUUAAAAAAGAAAUUUGCGCAAUGAAACCCCGAAAGCCAUGACCUCGCAGUUGAUCGCGUGAAGAGACAUUAUCUCUUAAUAAGAGACUAAGGCGAAGUGUGACGGAAAGAUAGAUGUAAUGGUAGUGAAAGACACCAACACAAAGUACUAAUGGAAGACUGUUCGUACGAAAUACUGGCUCUAUUCUACCUCAAAGUUAAAAUUAUAUGGUAUGUAAUAUGCUACUUGCUUUACGAUGCAUAUACCGUUUUGGCAGUAAAUGUUCAACAUAAGCGAAUCAUUAUCCAUGUGUCUGAUAUGAUUUCGUGGUUUUAUGUUUGGAAACCCAGGAGCAGGAAAGUAACUCGCAAGGUUAAGAUUUGUAUUGUAUACCAAUCGAACUUUUUUCAUGAGAGUUAUCACGAUUCACUGCUAAGUCAAGUAAACUUGACGUACGAUCCGCUGCCAUGUCAAUUCGUUGAACUACAACUAAAAUAAAGACUGGAUUAUCCUGCUUUUUAAACGCGAAACAAAGAGACAUAGGAAAUGCAAAUGCUAAAAAGAUCAAUAAUGUUGUUCUGUUUUAUAAUUCUCUCUGAAAGGAAUCAUUGUAAAUCAUAAAUUCUAUCGAUAACAAUAAAUCUACGGUGAGGCUACUAUUGGGUGACCACGUGCAAAAAGUGAAUUGUAGUUUUCGAUUUGAAUGACGAUAAAUUCAAGGAAAACCAGCUGUGAUCGUCAUAAUGGUAAACUUUGCACAUUGUAUUCUACACUAGGAUAUGUCGUCUGCAAGAGUCUGCAGGCUUAAGAUGUGGUCUCAUGCUCUCUCAUUUCCAUACUUUUUUCCUUUGGUAGAUUUCUUUGAUAAAUAUUGAUGCUCAAUAUUGGUUGUUGUUUCACACAAUAUUAUUUCUUGAAUUAUGAGCCUAAAAGUAACAACCCGAUGUGUUUGGUUAAACGUUACAAAGAAGACUGAUUUUAUUAAUUCUAAUUUCUCUAUCGCAUCCUACGUUCUUCCGUUGCGGUCGUGUCCGUGUGCGGUCGCGGUCGUGUUCGUGUAGCGUAGCGUCGGCUAGCAUGAGUGGAGCGUCGUUAUCGUGUAUCGAUGAUAACUCAUGAUUAAUUGUUUUUUUACAUUUUUGUAGAUACACACGCAAUCUAAUGUCAGAAUUAUUUUAAUUAAUUAGCAAUUUCUUGAGGUGCAGUAGUUAGACACGAUUUUUCGUCUAGUGAAUUUCAUAAUUAUUCUUAAUUAGGAUUGAAAAUGUUUCAAAAUUAAUGUAAAAAAUAUGUUUCGAAGAGUGCAAAAUAAAUCGUUGGUUACGUUUAUACCGCGUAUCGGGGUGUAUGGAAUC